CAUUCUUGAAUAAUCCUUAAAAUACUGUGUUAUACACACUCUUUUUUUUUUAUAUCUUUUCUUAUUUUAUUUUAUUCAACUUAACCAUGUCGUGGUGGGGAGCAAGUUCAUUAGAUGAAACUAUUGAAAAAGCAACGUCUGAACUAUUGCCUGGAGGAGAACCUGACCUUGGUCUCAAUCUGGACAUUAGUGACCAAAUUCGUAGCAAGAAAAUAAACGCCAAGGAUGCUAUGCAACCCAAUGUUCAACUCGCCACUCUUUCUCUUGUAGAUACCUGUGUCAAAAACGGAGGUGAUACGUUUGUCAGAGAAAUUGCUUCUCGAGAAUUCAUGGAUGAAUUAGUGAUUAUCUUGAAGUCUGGUUGCCAUAUGGAUGUGAGAAGCAAAAUGCUCUCUAUUAUUCAAACUUGGGGUUUGGCUAGUCAACAUAAGCCUUCACUUAGUUACAUGUAUGAUACUUAUGCUUUACUUAAAGCAGAGGGAACACACUUCCCUCCUGUAAAUGAAAAAGUAGAUGCUAUCUUAUUAGAAACUGCUGCUGCACCUGAGUGGUCUGACUCAGAUGUAUGUGAUCGGUGUCGCACUGCUUUUACAAUGACCAAUCGAAAGCAUCAUUGUAGACAUUGUGGUGGUACUUUUUGUCAGCAAUGUUCUGCUAAAUCCAUGCCAUUGCCUAAGCUUGGUAUUAAUGAAAGUGUUCGCGUAUGUGAUGGUUGUUAUAUCAAAUUGAAAUUAGAAAAGGCUUCUAUUCAAACUACUACUACUACUACUGCUGCUGCUAUUACUGCUACUGCUGCUACUACUACUCCAGCUCCUGUUACUACUACAACAACAAAUACAACUACAAAUGAUGAGUUUGAUGAUGAUAUCAAAAAGGCAAUUGAAUUAUCACUUAAAGAAGCUGAACAACAAAAACAUGGUUAUAGUACAGGUUAUGUUGCUCCUCAACCGAAACAACAAGAGCCUGUUGAAGAUGAUCCUGAUUUAGCUGCUGCUAUUGCUGCUUCUUUACGUGACUUGGAAAUCUCUCAAAAGCAACCUGAAGUCAAGAACACGAAUGAUCUAUCACCUGUAGAGAUGGAGAACAUCUUGUUGUUUUCUACUCUUAUGGAUCGUGUCUAUGCUUCUGGUGGUGAUGUCUCGAAUGAUACACAAAUCAAUCAACUCUAUACACAAAUAGGUAAUUUACAACCCAAGUUAGUCAAGAGCUUGGAUGAGACGAUUCAAAAGAGAAAUGCUUUUAUUGAACUUCAUGAAAAGCUCAAUAUGGCAGUGCGUGCUUAUGAUCGAUUGCUGGAAGAAAGAAUUGCUGGAGUAAGACAAAACUUACCAGAACAACAAUAUCAGCCUCAACCCUUGUAUCAUCAACCCCAAAUGUAUCCUAUUGAAGAUGUCAGUCCAUAUUAUCCUGUUACUGCUCCUCCUCAAGACUAUUAUCCACAACAACAACAACAACCAUAUUACUCUGCUCCUCCUCAUUAUCAAGUGAACGAAACAAAGAAACCAGUGGAUGAUGCUCCUCUUAUUGACCUUUAAUAAAAAAAGAGAGAAGCAUAUUUGUGUUUCUGAUUCUUUGAAAGCUUAUUGGCUGCUUUCCAUUAU